AUGAAGCCCCAAGACGGCCGUGCAGGCCAAUGGCAGGCCGGGGAGGCUGUCUGGGCUGACAGGGGGGCUGGGAUGAAGAUGAAGAUGAAGAUGAAGGUUAUUUUACAUAGAUACGGGAGACUCGAGCAGGUAUGUACGAUGGAGUUAUUAAAGGAAACUCGGUGGAUUGACAGUAUAUCUAGAUUGCGAAUAAGGGAAGGGAACUAUAACAGGACGAAGAAGUAUAAGAAGAAGAAGAAGAAGAAGAAGAAAAGGAGAAGACAUGGGAUAUACACCGUCUACUACAUAAGUAAGCGAGAUGUCCACCCAACCCUGAGCACGUUAGCUGUGAUGAUAGAUAUUAUAUACAUUUGCAAUCAGCCCCCCGGACAGAGAACUAGUUAG